AUGAAAGGAUUAUUUAAACUUUUGCUUCUUCAAACGGCAAGGACAUUUUCGCCACUGUCAUUGAGGAGCUUUUCAAACACUACUACUCCCUAUCUUCAUUACUGCUCAAGAUUACCUACUUUCUGCACCUUACAGCUAGACUUUGCUAUAAGGAUCAGUGGCUGCCACAACAUGGCAGAGCAACGAUAUUGUGUAGAAUAUGCCAAGCGUGGGACUGCAGGCUGCAAGAAAUGCAAAGAAAAAAUAGGAAAAGGCUUGGUACGAAUUGGAAAAAUAGUUCCAAAUCCUUUUAGUGAAUCGGCAGGAGAUAUGAAAGAGUGGUACCAUAUCAAGUGCAUGUUUGAGAAGUUGGAGCGUGUACGAGCAACCACAAAGAAGAUUGAUGACCUCACGGAGCUUGAAGGCUGGCAAGAGCUACAGGAUGCUGAAAAAGAACUGAUCAAUCAGCAUGUGAAAGAACUUGCUACUAAAGCUGGAGCUGCACCAACACCUCGGAAAAAGACUCCUUCAAAGGCAAAUCAACCCCCAACAGCGCCAAGUGUAUCUCCAGCAAAAAUGCCUGCACCCAGCCCUUCACCUUUGAAGUUUUCUGGGUUUUCAGCAAAGUCUGAACCCUCGUCAUCCGCAUCCAAUUCCAGUAUUGGUUCAAGUCUCUCUGCAGAAAAAUGUGAUGCAAAGCACAAGGACUGUUUACUGCGUGAAUUCCGCAAAGUGUGUGCCAUGGUUGCUGAGCAGCCAAGCUAUAAUGCCAAGACCCAGAUCAUUCAGGAUUUCCUAACAAAGGGAACCAGUGGAGAUGGUUUCCAUGGAGAUACAUACUUGACAAUAAAACUGCUGCUACCAGGUGUUAUCAAGAGUGUGUACAACCUCAACGAUAAACAAAUUGUUAAGCUCUUUAGUCGUAUAUUCAACUGCAACCUAGAGGAAAUGGUUCGAGACCUUGAGCAGGGAGAUGUGUCAGAGACUGUUCGGAUUUUCUUUGAAGAAAGUAAAACCUUUCCACCAGCUGCUAAGAGUCUCUUGACAAUUCAAGAAGUAGAUGACCUGCUCAACCAACUUUCUAAAAUGACCAAAGAAGAAGACCAGCAGAAAGUACUGGAGGACAUUGCAUGCAGAUGUACUAGUAAUGAUCUGAAGUGCAUCAUUCGGCUAAUCAAGCAUGAUUUGAAAAAUGAAUGCAGGAGCCAAACAUGUACUUGAUUCUCUUGAUCCUAAUGCAUAUGAUGCAUUCAAAGCAUCUCGUAAUUUGGGAGAUGUGGUGGAACGUGUGCUACAAAACCAGCAGCAAGCACCAGGCAUGAAACGCACACUUAGCAUAAAGGCUACGCUUAUGACGCCUGUUCAGCCUAUGUUGGCUGAAGCCUGCAAAUCUGUAGAGUAUGCUAUGAAGAAAUGUCCAAAUGGAAUGUAUGCAGAGAUAAAGUACGAUGGAGAACGAGUCCAAGUGCACAAAAAUGGUGAUCACUUCAGCUAUUUUAGCCGUAGCCUGAAGCCCGUUCUUCCCCAUAAGGUUGCUCAUUUCAAAGACUAUAUUCCCAAAGCUUUCCCUGGUGGAAAUAGCAUAAUUUUGGACUCUGAAGUGCUUCUUAUUGAUACUAAGACUGGCAAACCCCUUCCAUUUGGAACAUUAGGGGUUCACAAGAAAGCUGCUUUCCAGGAUGCCAAUGUAUGCCUCUUUGUUUUCGACUGCAUAUAUUUUAAUGGAGUUAGCUUAAUGGACAGGCCAUUGGUUGAGAGACGAAAGUUUAUGCGUGAAAAUAUGGUGGAAAUUCCAAACCAUAUUCUGUUCUCAGAAAUGAAACAUGUAACGAAAGCAUCAGAUUUGGCAGACAUGAUAACUCGAGUAAUCAGGGAAGGUUUAGAAGGCCUUGUGCUAAAAGAUGUAAAGUCAAUGUAUGAGCCAGGAAAACGUCACUGGCUGAAAGUGAAAAAGGAUUAUUUGAAUGAAGGCGCUAUGGCAGACACUGCUGAUCUUGCCGUUUUGGGGGCAUUUUAUGGAAAAGGAGCAAAUGGUGGUAUAAUGUCUAUAUUCCUUAUGGGAUGUUAUGACACAGAAAGUGGCAAGUGGUGCACAGUGACAAAAUGCUCAAGUGGUUAUGAUGAUGCAACGCUCGCUCGUUUACAGAAGGAGCUGGAUAUGGUCAAGAUCAAUCCAUCUAAAAUUCCUUCAUGGCUGAAAAUCAACAAGAACUAUUUCCCUGACUUUAUAAUACGGGAUCCUGAGAAUGCCCCUAUUUGGGAGAUCACGGGAGCAGAGUUCUCUAAGGCAGAGGCCCACACAGCUGGUGGAAUUUCUAUUCGUUUUCCACGUUGUACCCGCUUCCGGGAUGACAAAGACUGGAAAACAGCAACUACUUUACAGCAACUAAAGGUAGGAGGAACAGAAAAUAUCUGGACAGGUAACUAG